AUGAACGUCACUGCAGCUCAGCUAUCGGAUGGAUGUUAUGCGUACAACUAUGACCUGUACGGCGCAACCAACUUUGGCUAUGUGCCCUCUCUGGCGGGGGGGAUCGCUUUCUGCGCCAUCUUCGGGGUCUUCCUGCUCGUACACUUGUUGCAAACCGUCUGGAAGCGAAUGUGGUGGACGUUGCUUUUCAGCCUUGGUGCCAUGACUGAAUUGAUCGGAUGGAUUGGACGUAUAUGGGCGGCUCAAUGUCCAUACAACGGCAACGCGUUCCUGAUGCAGAUCACGACCUUGAUCAUCGCCCCCACGUUCAUCACGGCCGGCAUCUACGUCAUUCUCGGCCGACUGAUCCAUCUUGCAGGCCCUCACACAUCACCGAUUGCACCACGGACGUACCUGUACAUCUUCAUGACAUGCGAUCUCAUGUCGCUGGUCAUCCAGGCGGUUGGGGGAGCAAUGGCCUCGAUCGCGUCGAACAGUGUUCCCCCCGGGAAUACAAGCCCGGGCACCAACAUCAUGGUGGGCGGGAUUGUCUUCCAGAUGGCAGCGACCACGGUGUUCGCCGUGUUGUUUGUGCUGUUCGUGUGGCGGUCUCGCGGGGAUAACCUGCCACGCAAGAUCCAGUACCUGCUGCUCGCGACGGCGUCCUCAACGCUGAUGAUCUAUGUGCGGAGCAUUUACCGGACCAUCGAGCUAUCACAGGGCUGGACAGGGUUUCUGAUCACGCACGAGAUCUUUUUUGUUGUGCUGGAUGGGAUCAUGAUGGUUCUGGCCAUUGGUGUGUUCAACCUGGUCCAUCCGGCGUGGUUUGGCUUGGGGGGCCAGCGGGACAAGUAUAAGCUUGCCGGGCCUUUGAGUUCCGAGGAGUCUAGUGAGCAGGAGCAGACCGAGUUAGUCACUAUAUCUUGA